GAGGCUGUCUGCGUUCAGAUGGAGGAUUAAGCUGGUCCCUAUCCUGACAGCAUCCAGCACAAACACACAGCCCAAACAGCACCCCACACACCUGUCCAUUCCGUCUGAACCAUCCGGACCAGCCGCUCCUCCAUUCAGCAGCCCGUGCUGGAGCUCCAUCGCCGGACAGCACCGGUCCACACCCCCCGGACCGGACCGGCGUCCUUUCUAACCACGAGAUCAGCUCUUAUUGGUCCUGAUGGUUGAGAGAGACCGCUUCCACCACCUCUCAACCAAUCUUCAAGAGAGAGAUGUGACGUCCAAUCACACGCUAGGAUUUCUGCAUUCUGGAGCUGUUAAAACCCAAUCCACACCCAGUUAGAUGGAGGAGAGCGAGAGAAGCAGAAGUCGAUCUCCACGCAGGGUCGGCCGGGUGGAGCAGGUGGUGGGAAAAUGGCUGCGGCGCUCUCGAGACUCUCUCAGCAGAGAGCGUAUUUUAAGAGGCAGGAGGUCUCGCUCUGGGGAUUCGGGCCAGCAGAACUUCCCUGUGAAGGUGACAGUGGAGGUGAUCAGAGAUGCGGUGCUCAACUCUCAUGGCUUCACUCUCUCCACACAGCAGCCCCUGCUGGUCAGGGACAUCACUCCAGGUGGCCCAGCAGACGGUCAUCUUUUUCCUGGAGAUCAGAUAUUAAAAGUGAACAAUAAAGCCAUAGGCGAUCUUUCCCCCGAAAACGCGGAGCAGAUGAUUAGGGAUUGCGAGGACUCUGUGACCAUGACGAUCCUCAGAAACAUGACGAAUCCUAAGUCUUCAUUCAUAACAGCAGAGAAGAGAGCUCGCCUGAGGAGAAACCCCGUUAAAGUGCGCUUUGCAGAAGAGGUGGUCGUCAACGGACACACUCAGGGAAACUCUCUUCUCUUCCUGCCCAACGUUCUGAAGGUGUACCUGGAGAAUGGCCAGACCAAAGCCUUCAAGUUUCACAAGACCACCACUGUCAAGGACAUCGUGCUGACCCUGAAAGAGAAGCUGUCCAUUCGCUGUAUUGAGCAUUUCGCACUAGUCCUGGAACAGCAAUAUAAUAUCUCCAAACUACUGCUGCUGCACGAUGAGGAGCUCAUACAGAAGGUGGUACAGAAGAAGGAUUCUCAUGACUACAGGUGUCUGUUCAGGGUCUGUUUCAUCCCCAGAGACCCAGUGGAGCUCCUGCAGGAUGAUCCUAUGGCCUUUGAGUACCUCUUCCAACAGAGUGUUGGAGAUGUGUUAAAGGAACGCUAUGCUGUAGAGAUGAAAUGCAACACAGCACUGAGACUUGCUGCUCUGCACAUGCAUGAGAAACUGGCGAGCUGCGGUCAGACCAUGAGAGCGUCUGUUAAGAGCGUUGUAAAAGAGUUUGGCCUAGAGAGCUUCAUCUCUCCAACUCUGCUGAGGAACAUGAGAGAAAAGGACCUACGGAAAGCUCUCAACCAUCACAUGAAGAAGAUCCAGGCCCUGCUAGAACCCCGGCAGAAGGUGAUUUCUGUGUCUCAGGCCCGGUUGGCUUAUCUGACCCAGAUGGCGGAGCUGAUUUCAUACAGCGGGAGAAGCUACAACGCCACCAUGCUGCUGCAAGACAGGGAGUCAUUGGUGAGUUUGCUGGUGGGAGCAAGGUACGGGAUCAGCCAAAUACUAAACCACCAGCUCAACAUGAUCUCCACUAUCAUAGACUUCCACUACAUCACCCGAAUAGAGGUGCUGUCAGAGUCCGACAGAGUCAGCAUGGUCAAGAUUUACCUGCAGGACAUCCAGCCUAUAGCCUUGCUAAUGGAGUCUGUAGGCGCUAAAGAUCUGGCUUGUCUCCUGGCUGGAUACUGCAAACUGCUUGUGGACCCCAACAUCAAUGUGUUUCGCUGGGGACCCAGACCUAAAAUGAGACGCAUCCCGGCGGAAGAAGGGUAUGUUUCUCGGUGUGGGAGUGAUUCAGAAGACAGUUCGGAGGAUGACUAUGCCAUGGAGGGACUGCUAGACACCCAGCUGUCAGAAGACACUAUAUCCACUCACACAAAUGAUGGCACGGAGGAUGGAGAGGAACCUGAGGGCAAAAGUGAAGCAGAAAGAGUCCGAGUAAUUGUAACUCAUCCAUUUUCCGAGGAUGAAGAAGAUGGGGCGAGCAAGAGAGAGUCGGUUGGAGAUGAAGAUUACGCAGCGACAAUGGAUAGCCUUUUGGAGACAGGUUGGUACACGGAUCCACGGGUCAACAGCAGCUUUUCCAGUUUGUCCAGUAACUCGCUGAAUGCCCUGGAGGAGAGUAUUAAGGCAGCCAUUAGUGGACUUGGCCGUACGGAUAUCUCUUUGGAAGAGAAACCCAGUUCUGGUGCCUCAAGUCUUGAUGUUCAUCAUCCUUACCUUCUGGAGGUGCCAGAGCAAUUGGACGAAAGGGGAAGUUCAGCCAAAACGUCUGAGUUGACCUACGAUGACCACUCGGGUCUGUGUUUUUCUGAGCUCUCCCAAAUGUCUGAUAGCCUGCCAAGUCCACCUGCGGCCAGUGACGAUGCUCUGAGUGAUGAAGAUGAUGAAGAUGGUCGCAUUUCUGCUAUGUCAGCAGAAUUUGAGGCCAUGUUAGCUUCAUGCACGACUAACAGCAUCAAUGCGAAAUUAGCAGGAGUGAAUUUUCAGGCACUCUUCAAUAGGAUUCACAACCAUCCAGCAUGUAGAGCAGAAGGAAACAGCUUCCCAAAUGAAGCUAAUCAACAGGGACUAUCUUCGAAAUUACUAGCACAGACUGUGCUGUUGAGAACGGUGUGCUCAAAUCUCUCUGAAAAAUCUAAAGAAUUUAGAGACAGUUGUUCGGAAUCUGAGGAUGAGUUUUUUGAUGCCCAGGAUCGACUUACCCCUCCCAUCACAGAGCAAGGCCUUGCAGAGAAAAGCUUAGAUUCUGGGAACAUACACUCUUCUUUAAGUGUUCAUGACAUGAAGAUUAACGCAAGCAAGACAAAAGCUCCUGAAUUCAGUGACAGAGCUUCAGCAGGAAACCUCAAUGAAAAACCUUCUCUCGCCAACCAUUUUACCACUUUGAUCCCUGAGUCUAAAAACCCUGAUUUGGAGGUCCAUCAGCCCUCACUGAUUUUGCCCAAUAAACCUACACCUGUAGAUUCUAAAGCUUUCUCUGCUAACCGCUCCAUGGCUCAGAAAGCCCAGCACUGUAAUGGGGACAUCCCUGGGCAAAAUUCUCACCUAUCAUCACAGCUCCUGGAAAUGGAGCCUGACACUAUGGAGUUUAAACCAGUCACAGGGCCUGGACCAGCCAUGUCUUCAUCAUUAAUUACAGCUGUACGCCAAGCUACCCUUCCCCAACAGACCUUAGUAGACCCAGAGACUCUUCAUAAUGGAUCUAGACAUCAAAAUGGCAUAUCUAACCAUAUACCAAUCUGUCUAGAAAAGAAGACCACUACAAAUUAUGUUGAUCUUGACGGCCCAGAGAGUAAAGACAUUAAGCCAACUUGGAAAAAGCCAACAGGAACAAUUGAAUUUGGGAAAAUAACAGUAGAGAGUAAGAGUCAUUUAAAACAACAGUCAUUGGACUCUAUUGAAAUUACAAAACCAGAAAAUAAGUUGCCCCAAAAUAACACAAAGCCCCCAAUACCUCCCAAACCAUCGUUCAUUGCUUUACAGCCAUCCUCAAAGGCAGUUGAUUCCCAGUCACAAAAACCAGAGGAAAAAACUAAAGUUCCCCCUAACGGGCUUUCACUACAUCCCUGGUCUCAGAGAAAUGGUACUAGUACCUCCCCAGCCUCUACAAUGACUAAGGGCGUUUCUCAAAGUCAUGAGAAUCUAAGAACUGAAGUAAAGGCUGAAAGCUAUACAGUCAAACCGACAAGUGCUUCAACCACUCCUACCCCAUCUCCAUCUCCCUUACCUUCUCCUUCAGCACAAUCUGCAGAUAUUGUUCCUGAAGAUCCAGCUCAAUCUGGGAAUAGAUUCCCCAGCAGAACAGGCUCGUCUGGACGCCUAUCAGCCACAGCCUUGCGUGGAAAGAUUCAGGAUAUGCCCUGGUACCUCACCCGUUCCCAGGAGAUCUUGGGGACAGUAGCCCUCAGCAACACAAUUUCAUCAACAGGCAAUAAAGUAACAAUCGAGACUGAUGUUAAUCAUGAAUCCAAAAAGGUAUCCCCUAAGGCUACAUCAGUGCCCUCUUUGAUAAAUUGGAAAGAGAAAGAUGCUGAGGUAGUGAUUGUAAAGCUCAAAGAUGGACCAGAAGAAGUGAUCCCAACUCCUGUAAAAGACACCAAUGGGAAGCCGCCAAUGUCAUUAAGCCAUCCUGACCUGCGGCAAAAAUUGUCAACGGAAGCCACUGAGUUGCACUGGCAUUUUGGGACUUGUAAUUCUGAACAACCUCAAUCUAACAAAGGCAACCCUUCAGAAAUUCGACUUGACAAUGCUUCCUCUUUGUCCUCCGCAAGUCCGACCCAUCGUGAUGCAUGUGGCUGCCAUACAGUCUACGCCAACUGUUUUAGCGGAGAUACCGAGGACAACUGUAGCUUUGAUGAAGAUUUGACUGUCUAUGAGUUCUCCCAAAGAAACCGCAUCAGUAAACCACCUCAGCCCACCUUGACUCCCUCCCCUGCAACCCUCUCUGGUCCUUCUCCCAAUGUCCUGUCCCUUCUCAGAGAUUCUCCUCGUCCCCUUUCCAUGUCCUCAGAACUGAGUCCACUCCUGAUCCCGCCCAGACAUCUAGAAUCUCUGCCUCUAGUCCACGGACCAAUAAAUAACCCGCUGCGCUUUCUGCAAGAGCGUCGUUAUGUCAGCGGUCAGAAAGGUGCUGGUCUUAAAGAUGGCUAUGCCUGUUUGCAGCGAGACAUUGAUGAACUUCUUUUUGUGUUAAAGAAAGGACCUUCUGCGGUGUACCCUCCAACCCGCAAGGGAGAAUGUGAAAAUGGCAAUGUGAAUGGGCAUUCGCUUUCAGAGACAGAGAGAUGUCUGGUUCAAGCAGAGGCACGGAGGUUGGCUUCAGGAUGCCAGAGAGCCACACGGGUAGGAUGGGCACCUGAUGACGCUCUUAUGUCCCUCGGAAACAGCUUUGGAGCUCUAGUGCAACUUGCCUCAACCUGUAUGCGAGUUCCCUGCUCGGACUGCGGAGGAUGUCAUGGGGAUAUUGAUGCAGAUGAAGCUCUGGGCAAGCUUGAGGAGAUUGUGGACCUGUAUAAGGAGUUUGUAGGUGCGGUAGAAACGGCAAGAGAGGGUGAAGGUGUCAGGCUCUUGGCCAAGCAGUGUACGGUUCUUAUUUCAACAGUGUUUUCACUCACACAACUGUUUCGGACACGGACGCCAGACAUAGACAAUGGAAAUGUACCUCUGAACUUUUAAACUUUACCUUCUGCCGCUCUCUUGAGAGACUGUCAAGUGUGAGCGUAGAACUGUACUUAAAGUAGCAAUGCCUUUCUGGCAACUAAAAACUGAUUGUGUGCUGGCACACAACAAUAAUAGUAAGUGCCGUGAACGUACACACACAGUUAGCAAACUAACAAGUGAGAACUGUUAUCUGUUAACCUGUUUGUCUUGCCAAGUCUCCCUAUAAACGUACUGGAAUUAUGCAUUCAGACAUAGCUAUUUUCUAACAGUUCCUUAUUUCCUGAUGUAUGUACAGUCUGUAGUAUGUAUUUAUUUUUUACAUACAGUAUAUGCGCACCGUGGUUUCUAACCUACUAUACCUGCAUUUUUUGUGUAUAAGUGAAUCCCUACCUCUUGCUCUAAUAACUGAGAUAAACAGUGUUAUGAAGCUUCACUCAUUUUCAUGUUUAGUUGUGCUGCUCUUUACAGAAUGAAAGAACAAAGUUAAAGGACGCUCCACUAAUCCCUAACAACAGAUGCAAGGACAAAACCUUAAAAAGCCCAAAUGCGUAUGCAGUAAAGUUUCACCAGACUAUCCAAAGGAUUAGAAUUUAAUUUUAGCUACAACACAUUUCUGACUGUAGAAUGAGAGUAGGUGGCAAUAGAAGUGUGGCCAUGUUUUGUACCUGUAUGUUGGCGUGUCAAGUUUGGCUUUUGAUGUUAGUUUUUAUCUUGGCCUAUCAGCUGACUGUUAACCACAGAGAUCGGUGUGGUCCAAAGAUGUAAUAGCACAACUGGGGUGUGUUUACACAACAACUUUGUCACCAUGUUAUUGUAGCCCCUUUAACCGAUCCCAAUGAUAGCCAAACCACACAAUUUCUCACUUGUCUGUCAUUUUGACUAUGCAAAUGUCACAAUUUGUAUUCGAAAUUUUCCACAUAUUAUACUUUCGUACAUUUUAUACAUAUCAAAAUGAUUUCCAAUAUGUUGUGAAUCACUAAUAUGUUUGCUUUGGAGGACUUCCCUGACAAACCAAGGCCUUAUUUUAACUUGGAGGAUUGUUGUAAAAGUUUGGUGAAUUGCAUUUAUGGAAAUGUAGCAUAAAUGUUUAUUUACAUUUUUUUUAAGCAAAAAGGUUCACUUCAGAAAGUUUUUCCUUUCACUUUUGUAAGUUUUGAAGAGCACCAUACUUAGUAAACAAUAAAUAUUUUACUCAGUGUAUCAUUUUUGGGUAAGGCCAGAAACAUACUCUAUGCAAAUACAGUAUGACAACAUAAGCACUUCUUGUGUACAUUAAUACAUAAUGUGUGCUUUGCCUUCAUAGCAUUAUUCCACUGGGAGCCAUAGUUAGCAUUAGCAUAAAUAAUGCUAAUAAUAAUGACGGCGGAAUAAAGUUCACAACCUUCUUGGAAACUUUGCCAGUAUUUACCUCAGUGGAUGUCUUGCCAAGUCUUUGGUUUAUACCAAGUGGAUGCUUGCAGAUGUUAUAGUUGGUGCUGCUACACUGUGCAUCUGUUUCAUUCUGAAGGGGGAAGUUUGGGAAAAGCAGCAACAAGAUGAGUCAGCGCAAGAGAAAAAAAUUAUCUGUAUUAUAUAUUAAGUACCAUCAUUUAGUAUCGUACAAUAUCGUAUUGACUACUCAUCAGUUUUAAACUACUCUUGAGCCUAUUAUGUGAUAAAGUAUAGGAAUAACAUCUAUGGCACCACGUUAGCUAUAACCACCUUAAUGUAUGGAUUGUCACUUACCUUCAUGAUUAAAGAUGUCGAAUACGUAGAAGAACUUAUAUUCUUUGUUGUGUUUUGAGUGCGAAGACAUUUUAAGGUCAACCAAAUGAAAAAGCAUCCGCUUAUGGAAAUGCUGGUAAGGUUUUUAAGGAGGUUAUGAAAGCUAAUGCCUAACUCCAUUAUGCCGGAAGUAUCGAUACGCAACAAUCAUGAUUCAAAUGUCCAUGAAAAAGGCCUAGGCGGCAUUCUGGUCCACUUUUUUAAUGAUAGUUUCUCAUUCACUCAGAUGUAUGUCAUUGAUUACGUCACACAAGUGUCCACUGUCUGCGGAACAUCUGAAUGGGUUUAAAUGGAAUGCCCUAAACCAGGGGUUCCCAAUCUCAGUCUUGAAGGUCCGGUGUCCUGCAGAUUUUAGCAUCAACCCCAAUCAGACACACCUGGGCUAGCUAGUCAAGCUCUUACUAGGGUUUCUAGAAACAUCCUUGCAGGUUUGAUUUUGUUGGAGCUAAAAUCUGAAGGACACCAGACCUCCAGGACCAAGUUUGAAAACCCCAGCCCUAAACCAUUGAGCACUUGAGAACUACUCUGUUGUGACAUCACAGUUGCAUUGCAUUCUGGGACAUGUAGGUGCUGGAGAGGACAUAUGAUGCCAACUCGCUCUCUCGGUCAAAAUCAAAAGAUCUAGGGUAUGUCCAUGUAAACUUCUCUUGUUCACUUGAUGAAGUGGAAUGAUGGAGAUUUUCAGCUGUGCUUUAGACUGAGCCGAGCCCAGUUUGAUGAACUGUUGUCAAGUGCCGACAAGAGGAUUUCCACUCAGGACACCAACAACAGGCGCUACAUCAUAAUGACACCAAUACAAGAGAAAGCUCAUGAUUAGUUAUUGCGGUGCGAAUGUCCAUUGCAGUUCAGGUUCAACUCGAGCGAUUCGCGUCAAACACGCAAACCGCUCAACUCCCGCCACCUCACAGGAAAUCUAUUCGCAUCUUUGCAUUGACUUAACGUGUAAAUCGCUCGCGCUUGAUGCUUCAUCUACGUCUGGUGUGAAUGCAGCAUAAAAGUGGACUGGAAUGCAGCCUUGUUGUCCUGAACAUGCUAGUCAUCUGAUUAACACUACAGGUGUCAGAAACUUUAUAGCCCCCUUGAGUAAGCAACUGGUUUUGCAUUGGCAUCUGCCUCCCUGUACCUGUACAGAGUAUGCUUCUGGUCCAAGAUGGCUAGUUUUGGAUUUAGCUGUCAUUCAUAAAAUAUGAUCAAGGAGACUAUCAAAGACCUAUGCUCUGAAUUUUGCAUUCUCAAGAAUUGCUUUCAAUCAGAAUCAGUUGCUGUUUGUUCCUGAUUUUAGAUCAGACUUUGGUAGAGUAUCAGUCAAAAGUUAAAAUUUUCAGGCAACUUCCACCCAUAAAUAAUGAAAUCGUCUUUAGAAAUCGACCAACUUGAGGUCAGUGGCUGGAUCAUGACAUCAUCCUUGUUCAGUUCAACUAAGUUACUCGACAUAAGCGAAGUGCUUCCAGAUGGCAAGAAUAUCGCCCGUAUUAGACACUCCACCCCCGAUAAACACACACACACUGCCAGAUUGUGGUUUUCAAGUCAGAUGACACAAAGCUAGAUUGCAUCAAAAGAAAAGUUGCGAGAAAGAGCAAAUAUGUAUGUUAUUUUUCAGACUUUUCACAGGAACAAUUUUCAUAUCGAACUCUCAGAGAGCAAAACUAUUUCUGUAUAAAAAACUUCCGGUGACAUUAAGGUUCUGAGAAUGGUGAAGAUUAGAGUGAACUGCCAUUGCAUUUGCAGCAAAUAAACCUGCUUGUAAGGACCGUAUGUAUCGAGACAUGUAGUUCAAAGUGCACAAAAUAGAAGUUCAAACGCGGCUGUAUGUGAAUAUGAAGGCAAACAUCUGAAUGAAAUGAGAUGGGACAAUCGAGAAUAUGUUUUGCAUUCCCUCUACUGUGUUCAUGAUAAUAAAGGUUUGAUUUUGAAUGACAAA